AAGCAUAGUGUGUGAAAUCAGUAGUGCCUCAGGUAUUUGGUUUUUUGAAAUCACCAAUGUCUUUCUCCAGCAGUAACUACUUAAGGAGCACAAGCUCCACUUUCCAACCCACUGGACCAAGCCUAGGCAGUACUAUCUACAGACAAACAUCCAUCAAAAAAUAUCGAGCACCCAGUGUCCAUGGAGGAGCUGGUGGUUAUGGAACCCGUAUUUCCACUGGAGUCAACUAUGGCAGUGGCUCAUGGGGUAGUUUGGGCAGUGGUUUUCAACCCAGCACUUUCACCAAUGACCUUCUUCUUGCUGGCAAUGAGAAAGUGACCAUGCAGAAUUUGAAUGACCGUUUAGCUUUGUACCUGGAAAAAGUGCGCUCUUUAGAAACUGCCAAUUCCCAUCUUGAAAAGCAGAUCCGGGAGUGGUUUGAAAACAGUUCCCCUACCGCUAGACAAGACUACACUGCAUUUUACAAAACUAUCGAAGACCUCCAAAACCAGAUUAUUACAGCACGCCUAGAAAACACUCAGCUCAUCCUACAGAUUGACAACACCAAGCUGGCUGCUGAUGAUUUCCGAGUGAAGUUUGAGACUGAACUGGGGCUCAGACAGAAUGUGGAAAAUGACAUGGCAGGGCUGCUGAGACUAAUUGAUGACUUGACACUGAUAAAGGCCGAUUUGGAACAUCAAGUGGAAGGUCUGAAGGAAGAACUAGCUUAUCUCAAGAAGAAUCAUGAAGAGGAAACAGAGAGAUUCCGCCGGCAGCUGAGUGGCACUGUGACGGUGGAGGUGGAUGCUGCUCCAAGCAUUGACCUCGGGCAGAUUAUGGCCAACAUGCGUCAGCAAUAUGAGGCAAUGGCAGAAAAGCAUCGUCAAGAAGCUAAGCAACGGUUUGAGAAACAGAUUGAAGAAUGGAAUGUAGAAAUAACCACCAAUACCCAACAAGUUGAGAGCAACAGAAAUGAAAUUACAGACCGGAGACGCAUACUCCAGGGCCUGGAGAUUGAAUUCCAGUCUGAGCUUAGCUUGAAAACAAAUACGGAAACAGCUGUGGCAGAGGUUGAAGCACGUUAUGGAGUGAUCCUGGCCCAAAUACAGGCCUCCAUUGCGAACGUGGAGGCUCAGCUGCUGCAGCUGCGAGAAGACAUGGAGCGGCAGAGUUCUGAGUACAACAGCCUCCUGGAUGUUAAGGUCCAGCUGGAGGCAGAGAUUGCCACUUAUCGUCGCUUGCUGGAAGGGGAAGAUAGCAGAGCUAUUUUGGAGCUGGAGAUUGCAAAAAGGGAAGAAGCUGAGAGAGAAAAGAAUAAAGUUCGGAAGAUCAAGACCGUUGUUGAAGAAAUGGUUGAUGGAAAAGUGGUCUCAUCUCAAAUCAGAGAAAGGGAAGAGAAGAUGUAGCCAGCAAUGGAAUGAAGUGCAUUUUGUAUUAAUGCGAAUUGCAACCCCCCCUUGAUUUCUAUGCUUUUAUGAUGUUUUUCAACAGAUUUAAAGAGAGAGAUGAGUUACCAUCAUGUUAUUCAUAAAGAAAUAAUAUAUUGUUUCCUUUCUUCCCAUUUAAAAACUCUGUAUUCAAAACACCACUAGUAUCUUUGCUAAUGAAUGGGUUGUAUAAUUGCAGAAUGAAAAUACAUUGUGUUAAUGCACUCUCUCUAAUUGCUUGAGAUUUAGCUUGUCUAUUUAAUCAUGCCUAUAAGUAAUUGAAUAAUUUCCCUGAGAUUUCUGGAAAAUUUCUCUAUAUAAAGCAACCAUAAUUUACCAAGCUUAAAAAGAAAAAAAGGUUUCGGCCUCCAGGAGCAAAACAAGAAUUGCUUUACUUGUGCAAUGUAGGGCUUUUCCCAAACAAGGAUACCAUGAUUACUUUUUAACAUCAUUCUACAAAACUUGUUAACCAGAAUUAGCUUACUUUCUGUUUACGUGAUUUAGGGAGCAAUCCUAAAUAGCAAUCCUAUUCAGAAGUCCUUUUUUAUUUAAUAGGGCUUACUCCCAGGAAAGUAUUCUUAGGAUUACAGCCAAAGAACACCCCAUUUUUUUAAAUGAUUUUGGAUCUAUAAAAUAAUUCCUUGUUUGUUUUUCUGUCUAAUAGAAUUUUGUACUAGAAUUCUGUACCAAGAAAAACUUUUAGACAAAUCAUCACAUCUUUUUGCUUGUGCAGUAAAUUCUGUAAAUCAAGAUAAAAGGAAGAAGGGGAGAACAAUGUUGUAAGCUGUUUUUGGUCCCUGUUGGGGAGAAAAGCGGGGGGAUAAAUAAAAGAUUAAAUCUGCAAAAA